CGAAAGUGCGGCUUGGGCCUGCCAGGUCAAAAACUGGGCUCUAGCGUCCAUGUUGUGCGACACAAUAAGCCAAGAUGGCGGCCGCCGUCGUCCGAGGUCUCGGCUCUGCUUUAGCGAAAAACCUCCGCGAAAUCCGCAUCCACCUCUGCCAAACCUCCGCCGCAAGUCAGGGGACUAGAGACUUUGUGGCGCAGCACUACGUGGACCUGAAGCGGGCCAACGCCCACUUGCCCAUCCUGGUCCGGGAAUGUUCCGGAGUGGAGGCCCGACUGUGGGCCCGUUACGAUUUCGGGAAGGAACGCAGCAUCUCCCUGGAGAACAAGUCUGCUGAUCAAGUGGCCCAAAGUCUGCAAACUCUGGUUCGGUCCGGGCCGUGAUGAAAGCGCCAAAACCGGGACCGGUCUUGUCAUGCGCUGAUGUGGAUGAGAGAGAGAGAUGUUUCGCUUGUUUAUGUAAAAAUUAAUAAAGUAUUGUCAAGUCA